GGCUGCCGCACUGGCUGCUGCGUCUAGUCAAUAUCUUAUCUUCGGAGCAGGAGCUAGAAGCCUUUCCUAGCCGGAGAAGACCCCAAGCUAGAGUGAGAAGCAUUGCUCAGUUCACUGUGCUCCUGCCUGCCUUUCUGCUAAGCAUUAGGGUCUAUUUUGGCCCAGCUUCUGAAGAGGUUGUGUGUGCUGUUGGAGGAAUUGUACUGAGUGGCUUUGCAGGGUGACAGCAUGGAGUCCCUCUUUCCUGCCCCAUUCUGGGAGGUCUUGUAUGGCAGCCACUUUCACGGGAACCUGUCCCUCCUAAAUGAGACUGUACCCCACCACCUGCUCCUCAAUGCUAGCCACAGCGCCUUCCUGCCCCUUGGACUCAAGGUCACCAUCGUGGGGCUCUACUUGGCUGUGUGCAUCGGGGGUCUCCUGGGGAACUGCCUCGUCAUGUAUGUCAUCCUCAGCUGGGAGGGCAUUGAGGGGGACUGGAGACAGCAGGCACACCAAGAUGAAGACAGCUACCAACAUUUACAUAUUUAAUCUGGCACUGGCUGAUACCCUGGUCUUGCUGACACUGCCCUUCCAGGGCACAGACAUCCUACUGGGCUUCUGGCCAUUUGGGAAUGCACUAUGCAAGACUGUCAUUGCUAUCGACUACUACAACAUGUUUACCAGCACUUUCACUCUGACUGCCAUGAGUGUAGACCGAUAUGUGGCCAUCUGCCACCCUAUCCGUGCCCUUGAUGUUCGGACAUCCACCAAAGCCCAGGCUGUUAAUGUGGCCAUAUGGGCCUUGGCUUCAGUGGUUGGUGUUCCUGUUGCCAUCAUGGGCUCAGCACAAGUGGAGGAUGAAGAGAUCGAAUGUCUGGUGGAGAUCCCUGCCCCUCAGGACUAUUGGGGCCCUGUAUUUGCCAUCUGCAUCUUCCUUUUUUCCUUCAUCAUCCCUGUGCUGAUCAUCUCUGUCUGCUACAGCCUCAUGAUUCGACGACUUCGUGGUGUCCGUCUGCUUUCAGGCUCCCGAGAGAAGGACCGGAACCUGCGGCGUAUCACACGACUGGUGCUGGUAGUUGUGGCUGUGUUUGUGGGCUGCUGGACACCUGUGCAGGUCUUUGUCCUGGUUCAAGGACUAGGUGUUCAGCCAGGUAGUGAGACUGCAGUAGCCAUCCUGCGCUUCUGCACAGCCCUGGGCUAUGUCAAUAGUUGUCUCAAUCCCAUCCUUUAUGCUUUCCUGGAUGAGAACUUCAAGGCCUGCUUUAGAAAGUUCUGCUGUGCUUCAGCCCUGCACCGGGAGAUGCAGGUUUCUGAUCGUGUGCGCAGUAUUGCCAAGGAUGUAGGCCUUGGUUGCAAGACUUCUGAGACAGUACCACGGCCGGCAUGACUAGGCGUGGACCUGCCCAUGGUGCCUGUCAGCCCACAGAGCCCAUCUACACCCAACACGGAGCUCACACAGGUCACUGCUCUCUAGGUUGACCCUGAACCUUGAGCAUCUGGGGCCUUGAAUGGCUUUUGGUUUAGGAUGCUCAGUCCUAGAGGAAGACCUUUUAGCACCAUGGGACAGGUCAAAGCAUCAAGGUAGCCUCCAUGGCCUCUGUCAGAUUAAGUUUCCUCCCUGGUAUAGGACCAGAGAGGACCAAAGGAACUGCAUGGAAACAUCCACAACACAGUGGACAUGCCUGGUGAGCCCAUGUAGGUAUCCAUGGUUCACUUGACUCUUCUCUGGCUUCUCCCUGCUGCCCUGGCUCUAUGUGUGUGGGCUCAACCUGAGGUAUUGUAGUGAUCAUGUAGUCACUACUGUGACUACCUGUUGUAUACUAUUGCUCUCAGCCUUUCAGUACUUCCACAGAACUACUGAUCAUGCCUGGUGUUGCCUGGUAUUGCAGUGGGCAGCAUUAAUUAUUUUUUUAAGUGAGACUGGCCCUUAAGCUUGGAGUUGCCUUGGAACAUCAUCUAGUUCUGACUCCACUGAUACAGUCAGAUUACCUGAGGUGGGUGAGCAUCAGUGGGUUCUUGGAUGGCUGUUUUCUGAAGCUUCUGUCCAUGCUGUACUAUGGAGUCUAUGAAGGAGACUUCACACUUCAUCUGGUACUGCCACUGCCUGCUAUAUCAACCUGGGCCAUCUUCUCAGCAAGAGGCCAGCAGGGGGACAAGACACAGAGCUUCCCUAAGGCUCUUUCCCUCCAAAUCCACUGUGAACUCUUAUUCUACAGACUGCUUGGCAAGCCCUGCAGCUAGGUGUGUGGGAGGUAAUCAAGAGAAAGCUUUGUGGCCUCUGUACGCUGCUCACAACAUGGAGGCACCACGUGCUGGUCUUGGCUGCUUAGUACGGGCAGGGCAGAGCAAGAGAAUAUGCUCUCUCCACAGCCUACCACAGCUAUCCAGCAGUCUCUUUUACUUGACAUCAGAGGUCAGCAGUUGUACUGACAGAAGCAUACUUGUAGGCUGGGAAGAGUGGCAGUCAGGAUGUGUUCUAUUCUAUACCCAUAGUGACCACCUGCUUAAUUUAUAGGGUUAGGACAUAUCUGAGUAAGGCCUGAGCUUGCUGCCAAAUUGGAAGUUGGCAUCAAAUGAAGAGCUGGUAUGAGAGCUGAAGCCUAAAAUGGUUCAUUUGAGACAAUCUGCAAGGACUAUUAUGGUUUGGGGGAUAUUGGAAGAAGAGUCUAUACUUUGGAGAUCUAUUUGAGACUUUACAGAAGAAGAGUCUUUGUAAAUGCCCUUUCUAUGGGUCAGAUAUCAAAAUACCAGCAACUUUGGAUAGAAUCUCAUCUUACACUGAGACCUUGGUCAGGUGGUUUCAUGCCAUGCAGAACCUAGGCUGGUUUCUGUCUUAGAGAAACCUGGCCUUAAUCUUUCUGGGGAGACCAGGGUCCUUCCUAUGACACUUGUGCAGGAGCCAUUAGCUCUAGUGCGUUCUUGCUAAUGGUAGAAACUUUGUGAAUUUGUAUAUCUUUAUGUAUUUAAGCAUGCAACAAGUGUCAUUUCCAUGCAUGUAGCUAGCCCUGAACCUGCCUCUGGGGUAAUGAAGGCAUGCUCAUAAUAAACACUUACCCAGUGAUCAGUCCUGUCCAUAAAA